AUGCGUCGCCGUCUUAGGCCGGUCGCAAGACGGCACGUUGAAGCGCUCCAGACCCAGGUUGAAUCUCUCCAGUCCUUUAUUCAGAAGCUGGCCGAGUCCACUGAGUCGUCCAGGACCGAGCUUCUGGCCGACUUCGCCGCCAAUUCCGUUGGCCAGACCCAGCAACCACCAGCCCCGGCCUCUGCCGCGGUGCCCAUGCAAGGGGCUCCGUCAUCAGUCGCAUCCAACUCGCCAACACCGUCGUCGACGACUGGUGAUCUGGUUCGCGCGAGAGCUCGCGAGUGUCGCAUGCGGAAGCUCUGCACGAGGAAAUCAUCCCAGUUCUACGGAGGCACCUCUCUUUUCCAGAUACAACUGUCUGAGACGGCGCCUCGUGCUUCCGGGACGGGCAACUCACUGCCGCAGCUCGGUACGCCGGCUACGGCCACCAUCAAUGGCACAGUGGAGGUCUCGGCCGUCUUUCCCCACAAGCCUUAUGGUGACGUUUGCCGUUGCCUCAUGGCCAUAUUUUUUCAGAACGUCUACGAGUACAACAUGUGCAUCUACCGCGAGUACUUCCUGAGAGACUACGCUGCAGGCGAGGGGCCCUACUACUCGGAUACUCUGCUGUAUGCCAUCUGUGCUAUGGGCGCACUGAUAUCCCAAGACCCCUCCCACGCCUCCAUGUCGUCUUUGUUCGCCAAGCAUGCCGAACACCUGCUAUACCAGUCUCUCGAACUCCCAGAGCUUACCACGUUGCAGUCGUUGCUCGUGCUGGGCCAAAUGGAGAUAGGCCAGGGCCGCGGGUCAAAGGGGUGGCUAUUCUGCGGCAUGGCGUGCAGGCUAACAUACGAGAUGGGACUACACCUAGAUCCGAACAAUUGGAAGAACAAGGAAGACUCGUCGAUAGACCGCGAGGUGCUGCGCCGGGUCUACUGGGCCGCCUUCGUUGUCGACAAGCAGCUUAGCCUGUACUUUGGCCGCCCCCCCGCGCUCUACCCGCACGCGGCAGACGUCAAGAACACCAUUCGGAUCCCCUACCCGCCCGAGUGGGAGAGCCUGCUCGACAAGUACGUGAGGCCGGGGACAUCGGCCACGGCUUUCGAGGACGGCGUAUGCCUCGUUCUCUGCUUCAUCCACCAAGUCGAGCUCGCCAAAAUCUUCCACAGCAUGAUCACCGAGGUGUUUGAGUACCGGCUGCUCCGGUCUGACACAGAGGUGCUCGCGGCGACGGCGCAGCGCAUCCACACGUCGCUGGCCAAGUGGGCGGCCAUGCUACCGCAGAAGCUGCACUGGAGCCAGUGGACGGUUGGCCAGGUCCCGCCCUACGUGCUCCAUCUGCACAUGCUGUUCCAUACGGGCAUGAUCAUCUUGCACCGACCACCUCGCCAGCAUAUCGACGACGACAGCGUGCGGAACGGCGAGGAUCUCGACGUCUGCUAUGGCUCGCUCGCCGCAAUCAUGCGGCUCAUUCGAAGUUAUGAGAAGUACUACCGCCUCGAGUUGCUGCCGCUGGACUUCGUCCACACUCUAUCGGCGGCGGCGGGCGUGGUGCUCUUGAAGCGGUAUUUGGAAAGGUCGUCGUGGGACGACAAGGACAUUGCUCAGCCGCUCAGCCAGCUCUUGAGGGCUAUGGAGGCCAUCGAAGGCGUCUGGCCGUGCGUCACAGAGAUCAGGCAGGGUAUCCUACAGGUCGUCAGCCCAGCCGGCGGCACCGAGCCACCACAGGACGACUUGCUGGACAUGAGCUUGAUGGGACUGCUGGAGUACGGCCCUGGUUCCAUAGGAGGCCCCUGGUAUAUGGAUGCCGCGGACGAAACCACGCCCAGAACCCCUAGUCUCCUUGUCACCGACGAGUAUCUCAACGGGCUAUUCAACUGGACUGCGGCCUGAACUAGAGCUUCCACCACAGCCGGGAAGAUUCCAACCAGAAGUCAAGGCAUCUAGCGUCUCCAUGGUGGUGUUGCCGCCGCUCAGCACUAUCGCAACAUUCAACGCUCGGCUACCCUCGUGCUUCUGCUGGCGGGCCAACAGCCGCCUGAAGUCG